UCUACGUUACUUAAUCACAUGCUGUUUUGUGGGUCUGUCAGAAGCUUGAUUUUCCAGUUUGAUGAAUUGAGAUAGCAAACUGGACUGGCAUUUACUGUAAAUGCAGUCAAGCUCAUUCCAUCUCUAUGCCAGUAAAACAACACUGAAUGCACAAUGCAGUAUGAUCGUGUGAUACGCCUGGCCUUGUUGUUGCCCAUUAUGUUUGAAACAGUUCAUGGACAUUAUGGAUUCAUCCGGGUUCUCUGCCGUGAACUUGGUUCUCUACAAAAUGUUGAGUUUAUCUACUCAAUCAAUUAUGACAAAAAAGAACUGCUGAGAUUCAACAGUACUGAGAAUAAAGUUGUUGCUUACACUGAAUAUGCAAUGAAAUGGGCAGAUGACUUUAAUAAAAAACCUGAGUGGCUACACAUGGAGGCUGAAAAAGCUAUUGCCGACUGCAAGCGAUUUGGGCAGCUAUACCUCCCUGAGGUAGAAAAAACAGUAAAACCAGAAGUCACAAUCCGAUCAGUAAGACAAGCCAGUGGUAACAAACCAGCCAUGCUGAUCUGCAGUGCCUAUGACUUCUACCCUAAACCCAUCAAACUGACGUGGUUAAGAGAUGAUAAAGAGGUGACAACUGAUGUGACGUCUACUGAGGAGCUGGCUGAUGGAGACUGGUACUACCAGGUCCACUCCCACUUGGAAUACUACCCUAAACCUGGAGAGAAAGUCUCCUGUGUGGUGGAGCACGCCAGCUCCCAUAAACCCAUGAUCUAUGACUUGGAUUCAUCGCUGUCAGAGUCUGACAGGAAUAAGCUCAUAACUGGUGCUGCAGGGGUGGUGUUGGGGGUGAUUAUGGCAGCUGGAGGACUGGUCUACUAUAAAAGAAAACACACAGCACUCAUCAUAUCAGCUGGAAGUCAAUGCUCUGAACCUCUGCAGACAAUCAGAAACGCUGAAGAGCAGUAGAUUAACAUUGUGUAAUUCACUGUGCAUCAGCAUAUGAAAGACGGACACCCUCCAUAAGAUCUUCAAGGACAAAAGGAUUACCAAAAAAA